UACUUGAGUAUUUCCUUGCUACAUUUUUAUUAUGAUUAGGAAUCAGCAUCUUCCCUGAGAAGCUAACAUAUUAACAGAUGAAUCUGUUAUUAUCACUGUCAACACACCUUUAUUAGAAACAUUUUUAAACAGCAUUGUCAGGCCAGUUUAAUCUGUGGACAGAACCCCAUACAUGAACGACUAUAGGACUUUAAAGGGAAAAGAUGGGAUGAGAAAAAUAUUUUGUUUAUCCCUAGACUGUUUUGGGAGGAGGGAGCAGGAUUUAAAUUUGCCUCAGCUUUAAUUGCUUUACACACAUUCUUGUGACGCACAGUUGGGAGGGAGGAAGAAAAAGAGGGAGCUGUUACUGUGUGGUAUGUAUCUAAAAGAGUGCAUUUGAAAGGGAGAGGAGAAAGCAGAAGCAAGCUGGUCUGACCAGAAACAGAACUGCCUGUGACAGAUUAAGAGACAAGCGAGGCUUGGAAUCUGAGAGCAAGCAAAGAGAGUGGAAAUUUACAGCUGCCCUGUGUGAGUGUUCAAGUGAUCAUUUUCUGCUAACGUUUUCCGGUGGUAACUGUUACUCUUCAAAGAGAGAGAGAGAAAGUCAAGACGGGAUUGUGGAAACUCUUUUCUCUGCAACGCUUUGGUAAUAGGAGGCACCCUCUAUUAAAUGGAAGAUAAAGCUACUUCAUGUAAAGUGCUUUGAGCCCAAGAGAGAGCUGUCUUCAGCACCUCACCAUGUGUCUACUUUUUGUUGCUUAGACAAGCCUGGACAUUUCUGUAACAUUUGCAUUCUGUAUUGGAAGAAGAGAUUUCUAUAGAUGAAAAAGAUGCCUUUGUUUAGUAAAUCACACAAAAGUCCAGCAGAAAUCGUGAAAACUCUGAAAGACAAUUUGGCCAUUUUGGAAAAGCAAGACAAAAAAACAGACAAGGCUUCUGAGGAAGUGUCGAAAUCACUGCAAGCAAUGAAAGAAAUUCUGUGUGGUACAAAUGACAAGGAGCCUCCCACAGAAGCCGUGGCUCAGCUCGCACAAGAGCUCUAUAACAGUGGCCUGCUGGUGACAUUGAUUGCUGACCUACAGCUGAUAGACUUUGAGGGAAAAAAAGAUGUGACCCAGAUAUUUAACAACAUCCUGAGAAGACAGAUAGGCACUCGGAGUCCUACCGUGGAGUACAUUAGUGCUCAUCCUCAUAUCCUGUUUAUGCUCCUCAAAGGAUAUGAAGCCCCACAGAUCGCCUUACGUUGUGGGAUUAUGCUGAGAGAAUGUAUCCGACAUGAACCACUUGCCAAAAUCAUCCUCUUUUCUAAUCAGUUCCGAGAUUUCUUUAAGUAUGUGGAGUUGUCAACAUUUGAUAUUGCUUCAGAUGCCUUUGCUACUUUUAAGGAUUUACUAACGAGACAUAAAGUGUUGGUUGCAGACUUCUUAGAACAAAAUUAUGACACUAUUUUUGAAGACUAUGAGAAAUUGCUUCAGUCUGAGAAUUAUGUGACUAAGAGACAAUCUUUAAAGCUGCUAGGUGAACUGAUCCUGGACCGACACAACUUUGCCAUUAUGACAAAGUACAUCAGCAAGCCGGAGAACCUCAAACUGAUGAUGAACCUCCUUCGAGAUAAAAGUCCCAACAUUCAGUUUGAAGCCUUCCAUGUCUUUAAGGUGUUUGUGGCCAGUCCUCACAAAACACAGCCUAUCGUGGAGAUUCUAUUAAAAAAUCAACCCAAACUCAUUGAGUUUCUGAGCAGCUUCCAAAAGGAAAGGACGGACGAUGAGCAGUUCACCGAUGAGAAGAACUACCUGAUUAAACAGAUCCGGGACUUGAAGAAAACCACCCCUUGAGGGGCUCACCCACCCUCCUGCCACAGUCACCGUGUCAUUUGUUUGUACAGAAAAUGUCAUUUGAAAAAGUCCUUGUUCUUGGGAAGGUUUUGGAGGUGCCUGUUUUUUCUCAAUUCAUUGUUCAGGGUAGAUGGAAUAUAAACAUUUGAAUGAAAAAUGAUUAACCUAGAAUAAUGUAUUCAUUUGAAUCAAGUCUGGGAUGAUUUAUGUCAAAUCAGAGCCAUUGUAUUAGAUGUUGAUAAACAAGUUUUAACCCUUUGUUGGCAAAAGGCAGCAGGGUCAUGGGCUUGCAGAUCUGAGCCCUGAGUCAGCACAGGCCACCGAGUAGAAGCCCAAAGCACGGGCAUCACUGAGCCCUCAAAAUUAAGUUCUCAGAGGAGAACUGGCUGUGGGGGCAAGAGGCGCAAAACCAUCCCGCCUGUCUGCACUUGGACACUCAGUUUUGUCAAGGCGCUGAAAGAGCUGGUGAAGUAAGGUCCACGUUUUCAGUCGUCCUUGUUCCCUGCCUGUGUGCUCGGACUGUAGCUAGCUUGCUAGGGAAGCACAGCCCCCCUCUCCCUCACUGUCCGAGCCCUGUCGCAGUGGCUCUCCUCAGCACCCGACUUCCUGGGGCACCCCCUGCAACCUCCAGCCUGGUUAGCGGUUAGUGGGGGACCCGCCUAGCAAAGGGAGGAUGCACCAGCAAGAGUCACAGGGACUUGGGGACCCGUGGGAAGGACCUGCUCACAGAUGGUGAGGCCGGGGGCACUGCUGUUUCACACAGGCUCCUGGAGGGUUAGGGAAUGUUUGGAAUAAUUCGACUGUUCCUCACUGUCAUUAUGGGAAAAUUUUUUUGUGGUGAAAGUUGUUUUAGAGUAGGAAUCACGCACUGGGAUGCCUGGCAUGUACAAAACUGUGGGUCUAGAGGGUGAGACCCGCUUCUAUAAAGAAGGGAACUUGCCAUUGGAAGGACAAAUGAUUAAAUGUGUGCAAAAAACUCUUAAAUGACCAAAAGUUAUCUUUUUUUAUCUUUAUAAUUAUUUUCUAAUUAGCUGCCACUCUGAUUUCCCAUUAAAGCUUUCGGCAACAAGGUAGAAACCCUACAAAAUUUUGGUCUCAAAUAUUCUCUUGCAUACCCGUAUGAUUAAGGGACUUAAUUUGUGUUCUUUUUAAAAAAAGGCACAGGCCAACAACAAAAAAGGUUAUGAUUUGUUUUUAGACCUCAAGUGUAUGGAAUGAAAUCUUAAAGCUAUAUUUGCAAGACAUUAGGGGUAUAAUGAUUAAUGUGUAUUUUUCGUAUCUUUCUAAAUCGUGAGGGGUUGCCUUCCAUCAGGACCCACACUUUAUACCACACCGUGUGCCGUGUUCUUCAGCGGGCAUUUCUCCACCAGAGAGGGAAGGAUGCCUCUCCAGGGAUCCUCCUCUGGGCUCUGUGCCCUCUCUUGCUUUUGUAUGUGAAGGAUUACCUGGCAGGGGUCCACCCUUCUUGGCAGGGGCGCAGGUCCGUGUGGUUCUGGGCCCAGCGUGGAGUCCUGAGGCCAACGGAGAGGGGCCCGUGGGACCUCUCACAGCAGCUCUGGCCAGUGCCGGUGCGGACGGCCACCCCCACCUGGUGGCGCAUUCGAGGACCUUCGUUCUUUAGCUGACUGAAGUCAGCUUAUUUUUAUAACAUUCCCAGACAGUCCAGGCUCUCUUAGAAUUUGACUUUUCUGAUUUUGCUUAUUUGAUUCAAAGAGAGGACUGUAAACAUUCAAAAAGAGAGAGAGAGAGAAGCCCUAUCAUCGUUGGAAAUUUAUUUGGCUGCUAAUACUGUUCUGCAACAUCUUAGGACACAUGUUUCCAUUUGGAAAGCAAUGCCUUGUUGUAAUUCUUUUUUGAUAAAUAAAAUGUUUUAUUUCCUCUGGGCGUGAAUUAGCUCUUGGCCAACAAAUCCUUACCCUAGAUCAGUACCUGUCCAACAGAAAACUAGAGCCUAAGAGGCCAUGAAUGAAGUAGAUGGGGUUUUGUGUGAGACAAAUUUGUAAAUUAUUAACGUGAAAGGGGGGAGCAAGAAGCUCACAGUCAAAAUAUGUUUGCACAAAAUUCACUGUAAAUAUUGUGAGAAUUGAACUUGGAGAAGGUCCUAUUUAAUAAGCUAUUUCAAAACACACAUUUAAAUAAAGACUGACUAAAUAAAAAGGUGCCACACA